AUGCCGAGAGUAAAGAAGGCGCAGCUCCUGACUGCCACGCGAUGGGAGGGGACUAAAGGUACCUGCGCGAAGGAUGAGUUCCUGGCUUCAGUGGGCGCGGAUGCCAGUGAUGUGCCCUGCCCUUCGGUGCAGCAGGAGUUGCAGCGCAUGAAGUCUUUCCAUUCCUUGAAGCAGAAGCUCCGCGAGUGGUGCACUGGCGGCCCUGGGUAUCCCAGCAUGGCCUUCGAGCGGUGGUGGCACUCCGCCAUCUGCCGCUCGGAGUCCUCGGAGCCGCUGCUGCCGGUUUCCAGCGCCGCGGACUCCACGCUGGCGGCGGAUUUGCAGGGCGUGGGCUUCGCCGCCGCCGAGGCGCAGCAGAUCGCGCGGCGCCUGGCGUCCACCUCCGCAGCCCACGCCGAGAACCUGCGGAAGCUGAAGCCGAAGCCCGCUGAGGUCAGCUGUGUGGAAGGCGACGAGGUGAGCUUGAGCUGCGGAGGUGUCUCCGCACGCCUGAGCAAGCCCGCGUACAGGAAGCUGCAACAGCUCUUCCGGCUUCAUGGCAAGGCAAAGCCGGGCUUCGACCAAUGUGCACUGGUGACGGCCUUGAGGUAUCAAAGCCUCGGUGGCGUUGGCUUUCAACUGGCCCUGCCGCCACCCGCCUUCAGUGUGCUCAAGGAGGAGUUCGGCGUGCAGGCCGGGGGCGUGAAGUUUGCAGCUGGCAAGCGAUGGACAACUCGAGGUGUCCAGCGCCCUCGCCGAAUUGCUCUGGGUGCCUUCCCCUGGGAUGCAGAGGGCAAUGCCAAGGCAGACCGCGCGUACGACGCUUUAUCGAGGGCUUACCCGGAAGCUGCGAAAAACGGACAAUUUAUGGGCGACGACUGCAGCAAGAAUACAGUAAUGAGCCGAUUCGAAAGGCUUGGCUCUUUCCUCGGAUCUGAUGUGGCGCUGCUCAUAGUGGAGAAAGAUCCCAUCCUUCUGCUGGGCGACACGUCCAUGCAGGAGGCCUCCUUCCGUUACCUUAGAAGCUUAGAGGAGAAGUCUGAGGAAGGCUUGGCCUUGGAUGCUGUCACCAAGAACCCGCGCUUGCUGACGGUGCCUGAGUUUGAGUACCAGCGCACGAAGCCUACCCUGGCAUCCUUGGCGCAGGCCGCCACGGCCAUUGACUUCUUGCGUCCGUUGGGUGAGGUGGGACUAGCGGUGGUGAUCUUUGGCUCCUUCAUUCUGCUGCUGCUGAUUUUGAGGCCGCUUAUCUACGGAGUCGGGGGAGGACAAUCCUUGGUGGGCUCCAUCACUGGGGCGAUUCCUCCGAUUCCAAAACCUUGGGAGAUUGCUGAGAGCUAUGGUAUCAACCUGGCAAGUCUCGUGGCCAUCAUCCCGAUCUACCAGGUGGUCAGUGCUGUCCGAAACCAGGUAAGUAGGUAG